ACAUCGAUGGGCACGUAUCGUUGGACCUGCCAUAUAAGCCAUUGGCCUCGAUGUUUCUUCAGGUGUUUGGAUUGGGCAGUCCCCAAGGGCAUCCCCAGUGGGUACUUAUAGGCGCCACUUAGCCGCCCCAUGCAGUAGUUCAUGUCAGCACACCACAAUGUCCGGUUAUCCAACUGCUUCUCUGGCCACCUUUGCGCUUUGUUCCAUUCUUUGCCUGAAUGGAAUGGAAGGCAGUCAUCUGAGGUUCCCAGGACCCGCGGCGGGUAUGUUUCUGCAAAGACAGGAACAAGCGCCAUAUCCACCAGCAGGCCUGGUCCCCAAUCCGCCAUUCGACCUGCCAACGGAGGAGGAGGUUGUAUUUCUUCAACCAGAGGAGACAUAUGGUCCUCCAGCUGAAACAUACGGGCCGCCAACAGUAGUGGAAACUCCAGCUGAGACCUACGGCCCACCGGAUCAAGUUUAUGGACCGCCCGAUCAGACCUACGGACCUCCAGACCAGCCAGCCAACGAUGUCAGCUCCAACCCCUUACCACAAAGCGCAGCUAUAAUUAAUUUGGCCAGUUUGCCGCUGCCACCCCAAGCUCAGUAUGUUCUUCCGCUAUUGAACCGCCUGGCUGCCUUCCGCCCGCAGCGUCGGCCUGCUAAGCUUACGGCUCAUGCUCUACCCAAUUCGGCCAAGAUUGUGAAUGCUAUUAGGCCCACUCCAGUGUUCCCAUCGACUCCACAGGCAUUGCCCUUCGUAGAUCGCCGCAUUCCUUUCCGCCCACGGCCUUCACGACUGAUUAUAAACGCGCCUUUCAGACGCCCAUCCAGGCAAUAGACUACAUCUUUC